CACGUAAAGAAUAUCAUGGCAUAAAUAAACACAUGCACAGUGAAACAUUUGCCCAUAAGAAGUAUGUCAAAUGCAAUUUCCUGAACAUGAAGCCACUUCAGUGUUGCAAAAUUUGCCUUAAUAUUGUCACUUGCUCUCUAAUAUUCAGUUAUUACAGACAUCACUGCACAGUGCUUUUCACAUUUUGUUCCAAUGCUCAAGUGGGUAUUUGUCAUGCCUUGCAGAUGCCAGCAUCUUUUGAACACCCUUCUCAUGUUUGGGGAAUUUCCUCCAUUUUAAGACUUGCUUCCUAAGGUAGAAGCUAGAACUUUCCUUCUUAACCUCCCUUGUGGCUAGGAUUUGGGGAAUGGAACUUGUCCUGUACCCAGGAAGCCCCAUGUAGGAUGUCAAUUUGGCAAAGGGGCAGCACAGCCCAGAAUCUAGUUUCCAGUAAGGGGGUAGGAAAGGACUUCAAUGAUGGACUCACACCUUGGGCUCCUCAUCUCGGGAUUCUGCUUUCUUGUGUUGGCUUUAUUCCCAGACAGCCUAUCUCUGUGUAGUGCUCCUAGUGCUCCAUAACAGUAUUCCAGUUUAUUAGUCUCAGGCUUUUUAUUAACUAUUUAUUAACUAAUAACUAUUUUUAUUAACUAUUUUUUAUUAACUAUUAAUUAUUAACUAUUAACUAUUCAUUAAAAGAAAAAAAACCCACACUUAAACAGUAACAUUUUUAUUCUGCCCAUAGAUUUUGUGAGUCAGAAAUUGGGAAAGAAUACAGUAGGGAUAGCUUGUUCCUGCUCCAUGAUCUCAGUGCUUAGCUGGGAAGAUUCAAUGGCGAGGUCACUUGAUGGUUAGGUGCUGGAAUCAACUGAAGGCUCGCUCGCUUCUAUUUGCAGCAAUUAAUAUUGACCGUUGGUUGGGGCUGUUGGCUGGAAAAACUACAUGUGGCUACUUGGGCUUUGUCACAGUAUGGCGGCUGGGUUCCCAGAGCAAGCAUCGUAAGAGAACAAGGUGAAUGACCUCAGAAGUCACUAGCAUCUGUCUGCCACAGACACAAGGCUUCCCUGAUUUAGCGAGGAAGAACACAGACUCCAUGUAUUGAUGGUACGGGUGUCAAAAUCACAGUGGAGGAAGAUAAAAUAACACGUGGGAUGGGAGGUACUGUCGUGGUCCUCUUUGGAAAAAUACCGUGUGUCCCACCGCAGACUGAAAUUUUCUCUUCUCCAAUAGCUCUGAGUGAUCUGUAACUGUGACUAGACUAACUUGUGUUCCAGGCCCAUCCUUAAACAGUGGCCACAGAAAUUUAAUACAGUCUUGAGGCUGCAGAAGAGGCACUGCUGAGGGGUACCCUGUAAUGAAAACAGUUCAGAACGGUUUUAUACUAGAGGUCAUUGGGAGGCUAAGUCUGGGGUUGAAUGAAAAUAUCAUUCAGAUAGUAUACUGCCAUGUUCCAGAAGAUUGUGGCGGAUUUGAUGGCUAGAUUGGUGGUAAGAAAGCUCUGUAAUGCCCUUGAGGUGCAGGCUGUAAGUCUAGGAGGCCUCUUACAUUGGAGUGAGUUUGUAACUGGGCCUCUCAACUUGAAAAUGGUGAUACAAACGCUUGCCAUAUAGAGUUUUGUUUUUUGUUUUAAAUCAAACUAGAUAAUAUAUGUAAAGAGCUUAGAGCAAUGCCAAGGGUUAUGUGGCAAAGUGCGGAGGGGGCAGUUCCACCAGUCGUUACCCUCAGGGCCUCUCAGGGGCAGUCAGGGUUCUCGACUGGGACUCAGAGGCUGGGGGAGAGCCUCCCCAGGUCACGGUAAUGUCCCCGGGGGGCUCACGGGAAUUCCAGGAGGUAGCAGGACAAUGCGUUUCUCACAAUGUGACCUAGCCGGUGAAGAGCCAGUCGGUGAGGUCCCACACAGGUGAGUCUGCGCAGUCUCCAGGCUGAUAGGAGUUCUCGGGCAAAGACAGCUGCCUGCACUGCAGGAGCAAGGGCGUGGCUGCCAGAAGGUCCUCGGUUCCCAGGCUCCCGAGCCGUGGCUCUGUGGUAGUUUCGAGGUCCUGGGGUGGCUCGGGGAAUGCAAUGGCCGUCCUGGUAAAGGAAGUGAGAGGACAAGCCGAAUCUCCUGUGCACAGAACGAAGGGAGAGCAGUGAACAGUGAAGAGAACGCAAACUUCCAAGCGCACGGGUGGGUCGUGGGAACAGAGGGAGGGCCCUCAGAGGCGCAGCGGCCGUGGUGCCGGCAGCCAGCGGGGAGGGCCACUUGUGCCACACUCCCCGCCUGUGGUACAGACACAAAUUUCUACAAAACUUCCUUCCUGUGUGACUUGUUAAGAAGAAACGCGGCCCACAAGCACAGGGGUCUGAGAACUCUGCUGCUGCCCGUGCAACUCAUUCCUUGAAGUUUAUUCACUUUGGAAUAAAACGAACGAAACUCCACCCUGUGGGCUCCGUCCCUGCCCCGCCAGGCCUCCGCGCCUCCAAAAUGUGCUCCUGGGAAACCAGAAGUUUACUAGUGUGUUUGUUUCCCGCGCCCGCGCACCUCGAAACCGAAAGCACCACUGGCUGGGCCCGAGUCCUGCUCGGAGCUACCAGGCGAGCGUCCCCGCCGCCAGCGCGCCGAACUCGGAUGCAGUUGCCUUCCCUGCCGCGCCGGGCCGGGGGCAACAGUGAGCUGCGGCGGCGGCGGCGGCGGCGGCGGGAAACCGAGGCCCUGGCGGGGAGGUCGCUCCAGCUCGGGAUGGGAAAACCGGGAAAACAGCGGCAAAGUCUCCUCAGAAACUCUUCCGGGAGGGUUCGAGGACGGUGGAAUACGGCUUGUAGGAAGAGUGAAAUGCAGACCGUUCGCCUGUACCAGGAUGGCCGAGUGGUUAAGGCGUUGGACUUAAGAUCCAAUGGACAAUGUCCGCGUGGGUUCGAACCCCACUCCUGCUGGGGUCAAUCUUAUCUGAUUAGAAGAAUCAGGAUCCAGAAGCCCAAAGAGGCAAACAUUGGUUGGCUCAGGAGAAAGCAUAGGGCACAUUCAGAGCUGCUAAUAGACAAUGAGACUUUUUCUGGAUUUCUGAAAGGCUUCCACUCUGCCCUACUAGACUUGAGACUGCAAAAAGGUAAGGCUGUAUUCUUUUAUCAUCUUGCUAUGCUGAGGGAAAAGCCUCCCUGGAUUUCUUAGAAAAAUGGAGCCGUAAGAUGAGACAGACAGUGAAUCCUGAUUCUGGGGGUCUUCUGUGAGCCCCUGUUUCAAACCAUGCCUUUAAUGCACUUAUUCUGGAGUUUUCAAUUAUGUGAGCAAAUAAAGUCUCCUUUUUGCCUAA